GUCACCGUCGUCGGAAGCGUUGAAGCGCAGGAAGCCCUACAGCAGGACUCCAAGUCGAGAAAGUUGGUCAGUUUCGACCUGUUCUGAUAAAGUAGCAGAAGGCUGAGGGUGAAUAUGCACUUUUUGGUUGAAGUUACCGGCAUAAAGCACCUCUGAGUGGGAAACUGACGUCUUUGCCGUGUGUACUUCUCUCUUGUCGUAGUUAAACCUCGACACAAUCAGGAAGUCCGGGGUUUUUUUUUUUUUUUUUUUUUUUCCGUUCUUGAAACAAAAAAAGUUGAAUGGAUGGUCGAUACGCCACCUUUUAUCGAUUUAUAAUAAGGUGUCGGGUUGUUUAACUUUUGCUGUUGAAUUAUUGUUGUCGUUUUAAUUCACUACUUCGAGAUUAUUAACUGAACUUCAGUCGUCAUUCGUUACCACCUGGAUUUUCACUUUGCGGGGGGAGAGCGAUGGAUGCUCCUCACCUCACUGAAGAUGAAAUGGCAGAGAUAAAGAAAGACGUCCUGACCAGACUGCGGCACUACCUCUGCGAUAAAAUCAGAGCAGAUCGCCACCUGGACUACCUGCGCUCCCGCAGGAUCCUGACACGAGACGAUGCAGAGGAAAUCAGCUGCAGGACAACACAGACCAAGAGGACGGCCGUGCUGCUGGACAUACUGGCUGAGAACCCCCGCGGCCUAGAUGCUUUGAUUGAGUCAAUCCGGGAGAUGCGCUCGCAAAACUUUAUCAUCACUAAAAUAACAGACGAGGUGCAAAAGGCCAAAAACGAGAAGCUCGAAUCCCUCAGAGCAGCAGGAGCUUCCAGUUCCUCUUCUGACUGCACUUUCAGCACUCCGACCUCAACCAGCGACCUCCCCUCAACGUUUUCAAGCAACUCCACCUUGCUCUUUCACCCUGAUGGCGAGCGAAGCCCUUCCAACUCAGAUGUAGCCACAUCACUCAGUCUGCUGUCUUCACAGAAAGCUGGAGACUCAUCCUCCGUGGCCUGCGCUAGCAUCGCCAUACCUUCCACAACUUCCUCAAGCCUCCCAAAGCCAGGAGACCCCGGGGCGCCUCCUGUGCCGGACGAGGUAAUGGUUGAGUCCCCCUCCAGCAUAGAUGCUGGAGCGCCGGGGUGCACCAGCAGCGGAGGGGACCCAAAUUUCCAGCCCCUCCGGUCACGCUCGCUCACUCCAACUUCAACAAGGAGCAUCUUUUAGGAGCGCACCCCAAUAAGACAGUCCACAUGCAGUUAAAGAGACAACCACAACACUCAUCCUCUCUUUUUCUGUUAUUUUUGCCUUUGGUGGGGCAGAUGGUGAUAAAUUGCUGCACAUGGGAUAUUACUGUAUACUACCACUAUAUUAUUCACCUUUAAUAAUGAAAAUGGGGGUAUUUCAUUAGUUUUGUUAUUGUUUCGUUUUUUUUUAACUGGUGCCAAUUUGUUGUCUUAGUUUUCAUAUCAAACAAAAUAAAAAAAACUAGGUAUGGGGAAUAUUGCCUAGUUUAAAAAGGAAAAUGUGACUAAAAUCAGAAAAAGGUGCCAUCAAAGUAGAAAGAGGAAAUCUGUGCAUGCAUCAGAUGCAUUUCUAACAUGGUUAGAUUUCCAGCGUGAUAUAUCAUGAGCUAAGAAAAUGUGACUCACCUCCUCUAACCUCUCCUACUCUCUCGACUGGAGGUGUGAUUUUUCUGAUGAGCUGUAGGCUGAAUGCAGUUACCAUGUUUCAUACACUGGAAUGACUUGAGCACGUGUGUGUCUGUGUGUGUGUGUGAAGAGGCAGUCUUGGAAGCCAAACGGAUGUUUUUCUGGUUCUUUGUGUAUUAAGUUGACAUGAAUAUGCUUUCUGUUUUUGUCACUACAGCAGUCUUAAAUUACAAAAUAUAGUUUGUGUCAUGUCCCACUGCUUCCUCGAUUCACUGGUCACGUAGUAAUGAUCUAUAGCAAACUAAUGAUCUAUA